UAUAACUCAUCAUGUAAAAGCAUAACCUUUUUAUAAAAAUAAUACUUCAGAUUAGGUAGAGUUUAGGCUCAUUGGAUUGAAAUGCACUGUCUGAUGGGUUUUGGAGUUGGGAAGAUAUAAGUGAAGAAAGGUGUGCUUUUCUUUUGAUCUUCAUCUAUGAAUCUGGGGAGGAAACCUUGCAUCACCCAAGAGAAUGGAGUGGGGAGCAAUGGGCUUCCUCCGGCAACGCCGACCAUGUCGGGGCCCAACGUUAUUCUGGCCGCCGACUCGCGAGGGAAUCCGAUGACAAAUUGGCGGGAACCACCAGGGGUGACCCAGUGGAGCCUGGCGGAGUUGAUGAAUCUCCGCCAGGAACCACAACCGCGGCCCCACCUGAUUGAUCCCUGCGGAACCAGAACGAACCAAAUGGAGAUCUUAACCCGACCUGGUCCGUGUCACGCCAAAAAUAUGCAGAUGACACCAAUGGAGAGGGUGAUGAUAAAUCACAGCAAAGAAACACUACUAGAAAGGCAGAUUUUACCUGGAUCCAUUCCAAACCAGGUGGAACCAAACAAGCAAAUCCCGCAUGAGGAGCCAACGGAAAUGGCAGACUGGCAGGAAUUGGUUGACAUCUACGGGCAGUUUCUGCAAUCAGAUGAGGGAGGGGAUAAAACUGGGAAUGUGGACCCAGUGGGAGGGGCAAAUAGGGCAAUGGGGGCUUCUCAGAGCAACCCUUCAAUAGAGCAAGUCCAAAGCAUUAACCUGAACCAGAACGUAGGGGCAAAUCAAAGCCGUCCAACUCUGGCAGAGGUUUUGUGGAAGAGAAACCUGAAGACAACACAUCAUAGUAAUGCAGCACCAGAUAAGAAUGCAUUUGUGAAUGAUAAACCACUGGAAUGCAGUUCAUAUUCUCAGUUUGAAGGGAAUUAUUGUUACAAUAGUAGUGAUAAUAAUAACAAUAGAUGCAAUCCAUUGAGUUCAUAUGCAGCUUCCGACGUUUACAGCCGACUAUACCAUCCACAAGAUGGAUUUUGCAUACCGGGUCCCACCAACCGGAAUCUAUAUUCACAUCCUUCGAGGACUGUUGCAUGCUCCAGCACAGCAAGUUUCACCACAUUGGCCCCAGUGACACCGGAUAAGGUGCAAGAUUUAAGGAGCAUCCCGCCAGAUACUGUAGAGAAAAGCUCAAGUCCUGAGGAGAAGCAGGAAACGGUUGCUGGUUGUACACAGGAAGAUAACAACACUGUAGGGCAUAUACUGAAUCCUCAAGGCUCAUCCUCUGAUGGGGUAUCGCCACUGCUUAAGGAACACAGCUCUGGAAAUGCAGUAAAUGGAGAUGUUGACCCAAAUAUCCAGACCCCCAAGCUGAAACCUCGGAAGAGGAGAAAACAUCGGCCUAAGGUGGUGGUGGAAGGGAAACCCAAAAGAACCCGAAAAGCUUCUGCUAAAAAGACUAAUACACCCAAGGAGAAUCCAACUGGAAAAAGGAAGUAUGUCCGAAGAAAGAACACCAAGCGCUCUCCACUAGAGCAAUCCGACAGUGCAAAUGAAGUUUCAGUUUCAAAUGGAAAUCUUGCAAAACCAUGCAAGAGGGCACUAAAGUUCAACAUAGAUAACGAAGCAACAAAUGAAAGCCAUGAGGAAACAGAAAAGGAGGACAAGGUAGACAAAGCACACAAACACAGAGACCAGCCUUUUAAUUUUGAUUUGGAUGCUCCUCAAAGCACUAGCAGAGCGCUUACAUCGCCAGCUCAACAAGCAGAUGCACAACAGCAAGCAGAAACCUACUCUGCUCUUCAAAAGCCUAUUCUUCCAAGUACCCCCUCAGCUACAAGUAAAAGUCAUACAUUGAAUGCCAUUGCUAGAAAUCUGAACACUUCAAAUGCGAUCCUCUAUCAAGACAAUGUCCAAAAUGUAUUAAACCAAACUACAAUGAGCCAAAAUAGAGUGAGUGCACCAAAGCAGUCAGCAUUGCAGAGCAUCAGUCAGCUGGUUACAGGUGAUAUGAGUGACGAAAGGAGAUCCAAGAGAGACUACCACCAAUACAGUUCUGAGAUGUCCCAUCUACAAAGCAUCGGAGUAAUUAGAUCUAGAUUGUUGUGCCAUGAAAUGUCUAGGAUGGGUCAACCUAAUAUUCACUGUGCUUCGCUCGAGAUAAGCUCAGAAGCUCACAAGAAAAGGAAGUCUGAGAACAAGUUUUAUGGGACCACGGCAACAAGUACACCUUCAUGUGUUACACAUAUCAAGGAUUUAUCAGAACAUGUUCAAAGGAGCAGUUAUAUAUCUCAUGCUGAUGAAAGAUUAUCUAAGACAAAUCCUCAUGGCACAAGAACCCCCAGACCAACAGAUCACAGAUUAAAUGAUAUUUCAACCAGCUGGCAAACGAGUCCCUUGGCUUCAGAGCUUCAAUUCCUGAGGCAACAGCAUGCGUCAGGUCAGUUGGGCACAGUAGAUACUGAGAAGCAAUGUAACCCAUAUCAUUUGCAUUCAAGGGAAGAAACAGUGGCAGAUCAUAUUUCAAGACAAGGCACUGGAGUCGAUGAUUGCAAAGCUCUCACUGCAAUUAGCAACAACUUCAACAAUCAGUACCCAACUCUUUCUUAUUUCAAAUCUCUGCUAGGGCACGAAUCAAGAACUUCCGCCACUACUACUUUAAAAAAAUUAAAAGUGGGUAGGGCUUCAUCCAAUCAAACAUCUCGGACUAAGAAGCCUCUUCCAGGAAAGAGGAAGAAAACAGUAAAUGAAGUACAAGCCUCCACAAAAGCAAGAGGGCUACAUGAUGGUUUAAAGUACUCAGUUUCAAUUGAUAUACUCGCCAUCCGAUUGGAACGCAUUGUUAUAAGUGACAAUGGUGAGGUUCCGAAUGACCAAAAUGCACUUAUUCCAUACAAUGGAGAUCGGGCAAUGAUACCAUUUGAAGAAUAUGAUCUUACUAAAAGGCGAAAGCCACGGCCUAAAGUUGACCUUGAUCCAGACACAAGUAAACUUUGGGACUUGUUGAUGGGUAAAGAAGGUAGUGAAAGCACACAAACAAUGGACAAGGAUAAGGAAAAAUGGUGGGAAGAAGAAAGGGAAGUUUUCCGUGGACGGGCAGACUCAUUUAUAGCAAGAAUGCAUCUUGUUCAAGGAGAUAGACGAUUUUCACGGUGGAAGGGUUCAGUAGUGGACUCUGUCAUAGGAGUGUUCCUCACACAGAAUGUGACAGACCAUCUUUCAAGCUCUGCUUUCAUGUCCUUAGCGGCCAGGUUUCCCGUGAAGCAAAGUUGCAUGGAAGAAGCACAUGGACAGAAUAACAUAACUGCAUGGGUUGAGGAACCAGAUAUUCAAGUAAUGGAUCCAGAUGGUUCUAUCAUAUAUCGUAGCAUUCAAACGCAGUCAAGAUGUAACCAAAGCUCUCUGAUAUCCAGUGAUAAAUCUGAAUCUGCAAUAGAAAAUAUAGUGACAGGAGAGGUCCAUUUAGCGAAUGAGCAAACAAAAAGAACCGAUGAAGAACUCAUUUCAUCACAAAAUUCUUCUGAGUCUUACACUUUUCAAGUCAAUGAAGAAGUCAGGUCCAGCUCUGGAUCCAACUCAGAAGCAGAAGAUCAAACAAGUGAACAAGGCCAAAUGAAUUUCCACAGCGAUCAAACGAUUCCUCAAAACAUAGAAUUUACAGUUCCAUUCCCUAAAUUCCAGCACCAGAGGAUGGGUGUUCCACUAUUUGAAACGAGUCCGACUCUCGGAUAUCAGCAAUCAGAACAUAUAGUGUACAACACACAAAAUGUUACAGCUGCAAAGAGUAGUAGUGCAUUUGAUUGCGAGAUCCAAUCUAAUCUCCAAUGUGUACAAAACUCAGCAGCUGCUUUGGGUGACUUCUGGUCGACUGUGAAACCACUCUUGGAAUCAGAGGAAGCGUGCUUUGAUGGUACGUGGGAGGAAACUGCAAUAAAUCAUUCAUCAGCUAUCAGCAGAGAAAAAACUACGGAUUAUUCUAGUAAGAGAUUGGGACAGAUGGCAGGAAAGAUAAGUAGCUCAAUUGCCCCAAAAAAAGCAGCUCCAAUGAAUCAACCGCCAGGAAUGCAGCACAAUGCAUUUCUAUUGAAGUCAGAGUGCCAUGCUAACCUACAACACCAUUCUUGUUCUCAGUAUAUCAAUCAGCCCACCAGUCAUGAAGACACAUCGAAUGUCAUUCAGACAGAAAGCACAAUCACAGCAGAUUCACAUCCAGCUGAAACCAAUGCUAAAAGACAAUCAGAGUGGCAUAUAGAUCCAUCCAGCAAACAAUCUACAGGGAAUGACAUCACUGCAGAAAAUGCAAGAAAGAGAAAGAUGGCGGAUAGAAAACCAACAUUUGAUUGGGAUAGCUUGAGAAAGCAAGUUCAAUCUAAGAAUGAUAGAAAAGGAAGGAGCAAGGAUGCAAUGGACUCAAUUGAUUAUGAAGCACUUCGGCAUGCAGAAGUCAAGCAAAUCUCAGAUGCCAUCAAGGAAAGAGGAAUGAACAACAUGUUAGCUGAGCGAAUCAAGGAAUUCCUCAACCGAAUUGUUAGAGAACAUGGGAGUAUAGACCUGGAAUGGUUAAGAGAUGUGCCUCCAGACAAAGUCAAGGAAUAUCUAUUAAGUAUACGAGGACUGGGUCUGAAAAGUGUCGAGUGUGUCCGGCUAUUAACACUACACAAUCUUGCUUUCCCUGUUGAUACAAAUGUUGGACGAAUUGCUGUUAGAUUGGGGUGGGUUCCUCUCCAACAACUUCCGGAGUCACUCCAGUUGCAUCUUCUUGAGCUGUACCCAGUUCUGGAGACAAUUCAGAAGUAUUUAUGGCCAAGACUCUGCAAACUGGAUCAGAAAACACUGUAUGAGCUACACUAUCAAAUGAUUACAUUUGGAAAGGUUUUCUGCACAAAAAGUAAACCAAAUUGUAAUGCAUGUCCAAUGAGAGCAGAAUGCAGACAUUUUGCAAGUGCUUUUGCAAGUGCAAGGCUUGCUCUUCCAGGUCCAGAAGUGAAAGGUAUGGUUAGUUCAAGUCAACCUGUAUCUGCCAAUGUAAAUCCAGCUGCUACAUUCAAGCCAAUGCCUCUUCUACCAGGAAGGUCGAGAGGGACAAUUAAUGUAGAUUCUACAGCUGCAAUUGAAACUGGCACGGUCCCUGUAUUCUUGAACUGGCCAAUGCCACAACUUCCCCACAUAACUAGCUUAAACAGAGAAGCAGCCGAAGCCAGUACUAGCAACUGUGAACCUAUUAUUGAGGAGCCAGCAACACCUGAGCCAGAAGUAUCGGCUAGUGAUAUUGAGGAUGCUUACUAUGAAGAUCCUGAUUAUGUUCCUACAAUUGAGCUCAACAUGAAAGAAUUCACAGCAAACCUGCAGACUGUGUUGCAAGAGCAAAAUAUGGGAAUGCAAGAAGGCGAUCUAUCCAAAGCUUUAGUUGCAUUGAAUCCAGAUGCUGCUUCUAUCCCAACAACCAAGCUUAAAAACAUUAGUCACCUGCGAACGGAACAUCAAGUGUAUGAGCUUCCAGACUCACAUCCACUGCUCAAGGGGAUGGAUAGGCGUGAACCUGAUGAUCCAAGUCCAUACCUUCUUGCUAUAUGGACACCAGGUGAGACAGCCAAUUCAAUUCAGCUGCCUGAAACAAAGUGUAAUACCCAGGCAUCGGGUAAACUGUGUGAGGAGACUACAUGUUACUCGUGCAGCAGUGCACGGGAAACCAAUUCACAGACAGUUAGGGGCACCCUUCUGAUACCAUGCCGAACAGCAACAAGAGGGAGCUUCCCACUUAAUGGCACAUAUUUCCAAGUGAAUGAGGUAUUUGCUGAUCAUGAAUCCAGUCUUAAUCCAAUUGAUGUUCCAAGACAAAUGAUAUGGUAUCUACCCAGAAGGACAGUCUACUUUGGGACAUCUGUGUCCACAAUUUUUAAAGGCUUGUCGACAGAACAAAUUCAGCAUUGUUUCUGGAGAGGAUUUGUAUGUGUAAGAGGAUUUGAUCAAAAAACAAGAGCACCACGGCCUCUCAUGGCCAGACUACACUUCCCAGCAAGCAGGUUGGCCAAGAACAAAAAUGAAACGCAAAAGAAGGGCAGUUCAGAUGCAGGGGUGACUGCUAAAUAGAAAACUAACCAAGGCCAGAUAUGACAGAUUUUUCCUAGGGUAGAAGUUUGUUGACUAACAAAUUGUUGUACAAUCAAAUAUUUCUUGUCUCAAGAGGAAAUGUGAUUUUAAAAUGUAAGCCUAGAAGCAGGAAACAUAGGUAUUUCUUGAAAAGGACCCUUCAACAAAAGGGCAUGAUGUAUAAUGAGAAAUUUGUAUCAUUUGAUUCAUGCUCACAAAAUGAGCAAUUUUUCAUGGAUGGGGCCUCUCUCAAUACACUCCUUCCCUGCCCACAAUACUCCCUCCUUAGAUUUUUAUAGUUUCUGUUCUUCAAUAUGCUUUUAAGCUUCCAUUAAUGGCUUACGAGCCUGAUUCUUGUACCAUGUACACACUCCCAAUAUCAAUAAAAUUCUCCCUUUGGCAAGGUACCGCCAAAAAAGGCCCGUGGUUUUCUCCUGAUUUGGGUUUCCACGUAAAAAUUCUUGUGUUUAUAAUUUGGUGUAUUUUUUAGACUAGUUUAUCAUUUUAGCCGGGCUAAAACGAUAUACCGGUUGAUAAUUUACACCAUCAUUUUAGCGCCACCCGUGGGACAUGAACAAAAAAAAUGCUCUCAGAGAAGAGUGACCCAAAUUUCAGCCACAAAAAAAGAAGAGUGAGAGAAGGGAGGGUUUUUUAUUUUUUGAUUUGACAAAAAAGGAGAAAGAAAGCAGAACCCCAAAU